AUCGCUACUUUAGUGGUCCCCUAAAUUAGUGUCCAGAGCUGUAAAUCCCAACUUAAUUAGUCUAUAAUUAAGGUUUAAUAAAGAAGGCUGUUAUCGAUGCUGUUAUCGUCCAUUGGACGUCUUCGACAUUGAACGGAAAGUGAGAACUACGUGCGGUAAAGGGUUGUGAUAAGGGGGAAAUCCAUAGAAUUCCGCUAGACGCUAAUUAAAAUAUAAAAUAGUUAGAAUCAAACACGUGUGUUCGAUUAAAGAGCAAUUAAAUAGAGCAAACUGCAGCCACAAAAGCCAAUAUACCCCGUAAUCAAAAUAGAGCGUAAAUAACGUAAUCAAGUGACCAAUUUGCAAAACAAACAAUCUAUCGGAUAAUGGAAUAGCCAUGCAAAUAUUAAAAACAAUCUUUUGAUAAGCUGCAGUUGGCGGUUUCUAAUUUGAAUCUGAAAUCUGAAAGCUGCGAGAGCAUAAAAAGCUCUCUAUCUCAACCCCUAGCCGAAGGCCGGCCAACAUUAUUUAACAGCGGGAGAGACUCUUGCGAGUGCGCAGAGCGAAAAUGAGCGCUGUCGAGGCACCCACAGGAAAUGGCAGCGAAAAUGGAGUCGAAGGAACAGCCAUUGCAACACCACAACAGAGACGCCAUAGCCAGGCCAGCGAAAAUAGCACCAGUCCCAAUCUUGGCGAGGUGACAGCGAGGCGCUCCUUCUGCCAGUGGACAUGGCAUGUGGUGACUUCCAUUUCCGUGGAGCCCACCAUGUUCCUGUACAUGUUCGCCUUCAUGAUCACCUCGGUGGUGGAGCAGAACUUCUUCCUGUACAAGUCGUGUCGGGUGAACAAUAACUUUACGGAGGAGAUCUGCCGGAACAUCAAUCUACCGGAGAACAAGGUGUUCAAGGAUGCCUCCUUAAAAACCAACGCCUGGUUCCUGCAGUGGGAGAACAUAUCCGCCCAUGUCUUCCCCAUCAUACUGGCCCUGUUUUUGGGCUCAUUCUCAGAUCGUCGUGGCCGGAAACUGCCCCUGCUGAUAGGUCUGUUCGGCAAGUUCAUCUACUCCACGAUGAUUGUGGUGAACGCCAAGAUGCCCACCUGGCCAGUUCAGAACAUUAUCUACUCGGCUACGCUGCCAUCGGCGCUUACAGGAGCGGAUGUGGCCAUUUUCGCCUCCUGCUUCGCUUAUAUCUCGGACAUAUCAACGCUGGAGCAGCGCACCAUCAGAGUUACCAUUCUGGACGUGAUCUACCUGAGCGCCAUGCCCACAGGAGUGGCCCUGGGCUCCCAUCUUUACUACAAGGUCUUCAAUCAGUCCUACGCAGAUAUGUUCACCGUAAACGCUAGCCUUCUGGCCCUGGCUAUUAUCUAUUCUUUCUUUGCCCUCAAGUGGCAAACCACUCCCCGCCAGCGUUCUCUCAGGGAGUUGGGCUACUGCGGCUUCUGGGUGGACUAUUUCGACAAGCAGCACGUAAAGGACUCGUUCGCGGUGCUCGUGAAGAAGCGGCGGGGUCAUCGGCGGAGCUUCCUCAUUAUCCUGCUGGUUAGCAUGGCGCUCUACACCUUCCAGCGGGACGAGGGCAGCUACCUGUACAUGUACACCCUCGACAAGUUCAACUGGGACGUGAGCUCGUACAGCAGCUUCAAGACCUUCAAGUCGUCGGCCUACGUGAUUGCCAUGCUGCUGGCAGUGCCUCUAAUGAACAAGGUCCUGGGCUGGAGGGAUACAAUAAUCAUCUUCAUCGGCACCUGGGCGCAUACGAUAGCCCGCUUGUUCUUCUAUUUUGCCGACAACACGGAUCUGCUCUAUGCCGGAGCUGUGGUCUGCAGUCUGGGUCCGAUUGUGGGUCCCAUGAUCCGGGCAAUGACCUCCAAAAUAGUCCCGACCUCGGAGCGCGGCAAGGUGUUUGCCCUGCUAGCGGUCUGCGAUAAUGCGGUGCCCUUCAUCAGCGGGGUGUGCUACUCGCAGCUCUACCGUGCCACUAAAUCGAAUAACAACGGAGGGGCAGUCUUCAUGCUGACGAUAGCCACCCAGUUGACUGUUUUUGUGCUUAUAUUGUGCAUUCACAUUAUUCUGGGAAAGAACUCAUUGGCUGUCCCAGAAGUUCCAGAAAAAGAAAGUGGCCUUAUACCCAAAAAACAAGCUGCCCCGGAUGUCCCAACCGAAGAAGAUUAAC